AUGGAUCAGAACUCAUGGCUUUGGAAGAAAAAAUCCACGGAGAAGACCUUAGUAUCUGACAAACAGAAAAGCAGAAAUGAUGAGGAGACUCUUCUGACUGAGAAAGCAGAUCUAGAAAAAGAAAUUAGAAUAUUAAAUGACAAGCUUUCUUCUGCCCUUGCUGAGCGUAAUGCCAAGGAUGAAUUUGCGAAGAAACAGAUGAAAAUUGGACAGGAAGCUAUUGCAGGCUGGGACAAAGCAGAGACAGAAGCAAUAUUUUUGAAACAAGAACUCGAUAAAGUUUUACAGCAGAAGGCAGCCGCUGAAGAAAGAUCGAGUCACUUGGAUGCUGCAUUGAAGGAGUGUAUGCAGCAACUGCGUUUUGUUCGAGAAGAGCAGGAGAGUAGAAGUCAUGAUGCUGUGGUUAAGGCAUCAGAAGACUUUGAGAAAACAAGGAUCGUGUUAGAUGAAAAGUUAGCGGAGGCAGGUGUGAGGCUCGCCAAAUUAGACGCUGAAAAUACUCAGCUCAGUAGGGCUCUCUUGGGAAAGGACAAGGUGAUUGAAGAUCUGAACAAGUACAGAGCUCAGGUAGAGACCGAUUUUAAUGCCCUUUUGUCGAGAGUAGAAUCUACAGAAAAAGAAAAAGCUUCCCUGAAAUACGAGGUUCGGGUUCUUGAAAAGGAGCUCGAUAUUCGGAAUGAGGAAAGAGAAUUUAAUCAUAGAACAGCUGAUGUUGCACAUAAGCAACAACUGGAAAGUGCGAAGAAAAUUGCAAAAUUGGAAUCAGAAUGUCAGAGGCUACGUCUCCUUGUCCGACAGCGGUUGCCCGGCCCUGCUGCUAUGGCAAAAAUGAAGAAUGAAGUUGAUAUGCUUGGAAGGGAUCGGCUUGAAACUCGGAGAAGAAAGUCAAAUCCUUCUCUGGCUGGUUCUAUGGACUUUUCUGUAGAUACCACCCCUGAGACACCAAGCAGAAGGACCAUGUCCCUGACUGAGCGGUUGCAUGCAAUUGAAGAAGAAAACAGAAUUCUUAAAGAAGCCCUUAAGAAGAAAUCAAAUGAACUCCAAUUUUUUGAAACCACAUAUGUGCGUAUGGCUUCCAGAUUAUCACAAGUUGGGGAACAACUUGAAGAAUCGUCAAAGGGUCAAACAACUGCAGAACCAGGGAAGCAUAUGCAUUUUGUUCAGGAACUCACUAUGGCAUCAAUUUCUGAUUUGGACAGUGAUGACAAAGCCAGCUGUGCUGAGUCUUGGGCUUCUGCUUUGAUAUCAGAGCUGGAGCAUUUCAAAAAUGAGAAGCACAUGGGAACACCGUCUCCCAGACCUGUAGGAACUUUAGACACAAAUCUCAUGGAUGACUUUGGUGAGAUGGAAAAAUUAGCAGUAGUUUCUGUGGAUUAUCCAGCUGGAGGUUCCCAUCAUUCCUCGGAGGAAAGUAAUGUAAUUAGUGGUCCAUCGGGGAGUCCAUCUGAUGGGAAUUCUUCAACUGGACCUGGUAGGAAGAUGGUUCCAGUUUAUGAUGGUAUGUCGGAUCUUUUGGUCUCUAGCCAGAAUAUGCAGUCUGAUAAAGUAGCAGGCCAUAAAGUUCCUGGAUGGGUUGGUGACGUGCUAAAACAGCUUUUGUUGCAAAGUCAGGAAACACAGAGAAAUCCUGAUGAAGUAUUGGAGGAUGUCAAAAUUGCUUUGGCACACAUCAAUGAUUUAGACCUCACAACUCUUAAUAACAAAGAAAGUACCCAUCCUGAUGCAUUGUGUUCCCCUGAAGUUAGUGGAUUCAUUUCUCAGAAAUUACCAAGUAAGUCUUCAAACAUUGAUGUGCCUGAUAGUGGAUCUGGAAAUAAUAUAUCACACACAAAGAACGAUGUCCAGAAAUUCCACUCAGGUUUAAGAAUAUCAUUAUGUAAUAUUAUCAAACUCGUUGAAAGAAUAAAUGUAUCGACCUUGGCUAAUUCCGAAGUGGGAUCUUUUUCGGGGAAGGGUGAUAAGCUUUUACCAUAUAAAGAUUCGGAAACCCCAUCAGGCUACAUGGUCCGCGUGUUUCAGUGGAAAACAUCUGAACUCUCUGCCAUUUUACAGCAAUUUGUUCAGACUUGCAAUGAUUUGUUGAAUGGAAAAAUGGAACUUGAACAGUUUGCUGAACAAGUAGCUUCCAACUUAGAAUGGAUCAUGAACCAUUGUUUUUCCCUUCAAGACGUCUCAAGCAUGAAGGAUGCAAUCAGAAAUCAUUUUGAUUGGUAUGAAUCACGAAGUGACAGUGAAGUAGAUAAUGGAUUGAUCAAUUGUUGUGCAGAAUCAAGUAAAAUGCUUCUCCAAAGAGAAGAGAUGCCAUACCUUUCCACAGUUUCUCCUCUGAGUGGUUGUAACAGUUCAUGUCAAGUAGAAGGGCUUCAUCUUAAUCUAAAAGAAGAAUGUAGAAGAUUGACUGUUGAAUUGGCAAACAGGGAAUCUUUAAUUGUGGAUUUGGAAAGAAGGCUUCAAUUAGAAAAUGUAAAGAGUGAAUCCUUCAUGAUUCAACUUCGAGAAACUAGAUCAGAGAUGGAAACUAUGAAGCAAUCAAAGGCCAAAACUGAAGAUCAAGUUGAAAAACACAAGAUGAUGAAAGAAGACCUGGAGUCCCAGCUAGAGGAGGCCAAUCUUGAAUUGAACAAAGCUUGCCAAAAGAUUUCAUUUCUAGAAAAUGAACUAGAAAAGAAAAAUAACUCUUGUGAAAGACUUGAAGCGACGUGCCAUGAAUUGCAGAUCCAACUAAAAAGCAUGACAAGGAAGGAAGUUCCAGAAGACGGAAAGCAGAGGGAAAAGCAACUCCAAAAUGAUUGGGAGUUUAUGGCAGCUUCCAAGAAAUUGGCAGAAUGUGAGGAAACUAUUCUAAACUUGGGUAAGCAACUGGAGGCACUAGCUUCCAUUAAGGACGCUGCCCUUUCAGAUAAGGUCAAGUCUUCUCCAGCUGAUACCAGCAUGCCAACUCCUAGGAGGAGAAUUAACCAGCGAGAGUCCCUACUCGAUAAAAUGCUGGCCGAGGAUAAUGCUCAAACUGGUGAUGAUAAGUUUCCCGAAAUGAAAGAAGCUGUUCAGGAUGUGACUAAUUCUGUUGUUAGGACUGAUGAAACAACAGGGUCUCAGGUGCAGCUCACUAAUUCCCAUGGAAUUAAUAAUGACAAAGAUAAAAGUUCUGUUGGCUCCUUGGCCAUGGUCCCUUUGAACAAAAAACAAAGUGUAAGUUUGUUUAAGAAGCUAUUCUGGAGAAAAAAGAAAGUUGGAGAUGGUGCUGGUGGUGGUGUUACAGUCGUGCCGUCAACCAUGGUGAUUCGAGAAAUAUGGAAAUGCACUUGUGCAGCUAAGGAAACAGCAUAA